UGGCAAACCAGGAAACACGUACAGCGUUUCAAAGUGCACUAAAUAAUGAAGCUAACGUCUAUAACUCGCGGUAUAGUUCUACAAAAGAUUAAUAUAGGAAGAUGUUCUUCACGAUAUGUGUAGUGAUCUUGGUUGCAAAUGCAAGGCCUCUGUUUGCUACGGUGACGUGUGGUGAUCCUGGUGAUCCCAAGCAUGGCAGAAAAUUGGAUUUUGUAUUUGAAUUUCCACGUAGCAUAAAUUUUGAAUGCAAUAAAGGCUAUCAACUUGUUGGUGUAAAAGAAAUCUUUUGCCUUCCAAAUGGUGAUUGGAGUAGUUCAGUUCCAAGAUGUGAAAUUAGAAAAUGCCCACAACCAUCACCCCCUAAAGAUGGAAGUGUAUCUUCUAAUGGCAUAACUUAUGGUUCUGUGAUCAGCUAUUCUUGUGUAAAAGGAUUUUCACUGAAUGGAUUAAAGGAAAGAAGGUGUUUGGAAGAUGGAACGUGGAGUGGUGAAGAACCUUUUUGUAUUGAGCAAGCUUGUGAAAGGCCUGAAAAACCUGUUGGUGGAAGAAUGGUUCUUCCAUCUGAGAAGAUAACUAUUGGUACCCUAGCAAUAUUUGCAUGUGAUGAGGGAACUACAAUGAUAGGAUCUAAAGUACUGAAGUGUGUGGAAGAAGGAAUCUGGACCUUUGAUCCACCAAAGUGUUUAAGGCACUGUCAGUUCCUACCUCUAGCUAAUGGUAACUUUAGAACUAAACGCCAAUAUGGUGGAUAUUAUCAUGGUUGGAAUCCUUACCCUAAUGAAGAUGAAGAGGAUACACAAAAACAUCAUGGGGAGAAAUCUUUUGUUCAUUGCAAUAGUAAUUAUGAAUUUCGAGGUUUGAGACGUAUAUCAAGUGGCCAUGAAGUAACUUGCAAUGAUGGACAGUGGGAUCCUGAGCCUAGAUGUAUUCCAGCAAAAUGUCGCAUCAGGCCUCCAUUUAUUGAAAAUGGCAACACGAUGGUGACAGAAGGAGAUCAUGGAACUGUAGUUUCUUAUUACUGUAACAGGUUUUAUAUUCUUGAGUCAAAAGGAUCAGUCAUGUGUUCCUAUGGCAGGUGGAUUGGUAAUUCUGCUGUAUGCAAAGACACAAGAUGUUAUACACGCAACCUGAGCAAACAUAACUAUUAUGUGUAUCAUGAAGGCUCACUUCAAAGUGGAGAUGAGCUACAGUUUGAGUGUAACAAAGGAUAUGAAAACAUUAUCAAUGCUGAGAUAAAGUGUCAUUCAGGAGAAUGGAUUGGCAACUUAAGACCUUGUAAGCCAGCAAAAUGCCACAAUAAACCACCUUCAAUUGAGAAUGGCUACACGACGAUGACCGAAGGUGAUCACGGAACUGAGAUUUCUUAUAACUGUAACAAGUUUUAUGCUCUUGAGUCAGUGGGAUCAAUCAUGUGUUCCUAUGGGAGUUGGAUUGGUAAACCUGCUGUGUGCAAAGACACUCGAUGUUACAAGAAUCAUUUGAAUGAAGAUCACUAUACUAUAGUGUAUAAAGAAUAUUACGAAAACAAAGAAAGUCUGCAGUUUCACUGUGAUGAAGGAUACGAAAAAGAUACAAAUGCUGAGAUUAAAUGUGACUUGGGAAAAUGGACUGGAAACUUCCAACCCUGUAAACCAAAAAAAUGUCACCUCAAACCUUCUUCUAUUGAAAAUGGUUACACAAUUAUAACAGAAGGUGAUCAUGGAACACCAGUCUCCUAUAAAUGUAAUGAGUUUUAUACUCUUAAUUCAACUGGAACAAUGAAGUGUUCUUAUGGUCAUUGGAUAGGCACUCCUGCUACGUGCAAGGACAGUCGGUGUUAUACAGAAGACUUAAAACAAGAAACUAUCAAUAUACUUCACAAAGGACCUUAUUUGAAUGGAAACAACCUUACUUUUGAAUGUAAUGAAGGUUAUGAAAGACAUGCCAAUAUUAAAUGUAACUUUGGAGAAUGGACUGGCUUGCUGGAAUCAUGUAGACCAGAAUCCAAACCAGAAGAUAAAAAAGAUGAUGAAAUGACGACUAUAACACAAUGCCCUGAACCAGAUGAGAAUAAAUGGGAGAAAAAAUACUGUGAACUGAUGACCUCUGAUAAAGAUCUACAUGUAUAUUAUCAGGGGAAGCUUGUGAAGAAUGGUCAUUGCAUCAAAGAUGGAGGAGAUAUUAUGUUAUUUUGUCUCCAUGGAAAAACUGUAAACCAUCAGCUUGUCGUUAAGAAAUUGAUUUGCCAUAAUGGUCAGUGGAAUAAGGAGAUUCCAUCCUGUCCUUUUGACUCUGAGUCCAACUCAGAAGAAAGUGGAGAAGUUUCAGAAGAACGUGAAAACACACAUUUAUCCCCUUUUGAGGAUUCCAGAGAAAAUGUUACUGAACCUUCCUUUGUUGAUGCAUCUCCGGUACUACAACCAGACAAACUAGUUGCUGCUAGGAGACACUGUGAAGUGAGAAAAUCUGAUGAUGAUAUUAAAAUCUAUCACAAAGGAAAUCUUGUAAAAACAGGAGACUAUAUUCCAGAUGAAGAACGGGUAGAGUUUCGAUGUACAGAUAGUGAAAAGAGGCAACUGUUUGGUGUGAAUAAAAUUCACUGUGAAAAUGGAAAAUGGAAUUAUAACUGGUUCCCCAGAUGUCUGCUGAAAUAUGGUACAGAAGAUUUAUUGGUUUUCGUGAAAACUUCCAGCCAUUCAGAAGUUAUCGAAGAUGGUAGUAAUACCUUGUAUGUUAAGCCAUUAGAUAAACUUAAAUUCAUAUGUAAGAACAGAAAUUCAGUCCCUGUGAAUUGGGAAACCACAGUACAAGCUGAUGUUAAUAAAGGAAUGAGCUUCUCAGUCACAGAAAAAGAAAUAUAUUUCAUACAGUUUAAUGCUACGAGGCUUCACACUGGAAACUACACUUGUUCUAAUCUUUUUGGGAGCUCAGUCACAUUGCAAGUUAUUGUGACAGAUCUUGAAGAAUCAGUUACUGAACAACAGCUCUCAACAUUUUGUAAGCUUGGGAUUUAUGAUGACAACCUAAGAAUCUUUCAUGGUGUUCAUAAAAUAAAAACUGGAGAUGAGGUUCCAGAUGGAGGAAGGAUAUUAUUUCACUGUGAUCCAAUUGGAAAAAGUCGAUUGUAUGGCAAGAAUGAAACUUACUGUAACAAAGGAAGUUGGAUGGACAAGGUGUUUCCUACCUGUGGUUUUUAUAGUUGUAAAAGAGUAUUAUGUAGUGGAAUGUAUAUAUACACCAAUUAUCAACACUCAGGCACUUAUACCUGUCAUAUCGCAGAAGAAAAUUCAAUCUCUAUUGAUCUAGUGAUUCAAAACAUUAGAUGUCCAGUCAUCCCACAUAGUCCAGGAUUAGUGAUCAAGCAUGAACACAGUUUUGUCCAGUUUAGCUGUAAAGAUCAAUAUGAGCUCAUAGGAGCCAAAAAUGCUACGUGUAUGGAGACACAUCAGUGGUCUCAAAACGUUCCUGUCUGUCAGCCUAGAGUGUGUCCAUGGGCACAUUCAGGUGGCCAAGGACCAUCAAGAGGCAUUUUAAUGUUGCUUGACAUUGUUUUCCUUGAUUUAAAACCCAUCAGCACUAGAAACAUGAUAAUUGGUCACAAGGUUUACCACCCAGAGAAAGAAGUGGCAAGGUUAGGGUACACUCCAGCAGUUGAUUGUUGGACCUCCUCUACAGAUAAUGGUCCUGAGUAUUGCUGGUUCACUCCUGAAGACUGA